AUUUGGUUCCUCUUUCUCUUUCUCAUUUUCAUGGACUCAGAAACUUCUCAUGGGUCAGUUGCACUUAUCGUCGGCGUUACCGGCAUGGUGGGCCUCAGCUUAGCCGAAGCCCUUAAGAAGCCCAGGGCCCUUGGAGGUCCUUGGAAGGUUUACGGCGCCGCUCGCCGCCCCAAGCCCACCUGGUUCCCCACCUCCAACGUCGACGAUUACAUAGCCUUCGACGCCGUUAAUCCCGAUGACACUCGUGCCAAGUUGUCUCCGAUCUCCCACGAAGUCACGCACGUCUUCUGGGUGGCGAUCCAAGUCCGCGAAACGGAGGAACUGAAUGUCACCGUCAACGCCGCCAUGCUCUCUAAUGUACUUGGCGUCCUCAAAUCGGCGCCGUCUUCACGGCUGCGACACCUCACCCUCCAAACCGGCACACAACACUACAUCGGUCCGCUCCAUGACCCCAACCACUCGGGCCAACUGCCAUGUCCAGAAACUCCGUUUCGUGAGGACUCGGCCCGCCUCCCAUACCCGAACUUCUACUACGCGCUCGAAGACCUCAUAGCUUCCUACUCGCCGUCCCUCUCCUACUCGAUUCACCGGUCUUCCAUCAUCCUCGGCGCGUCUUCAAGGAGCGCGUACAACGCGCUGCUCACACUGGCAGCCUAUGCUGCCAUAUGUAAACACGAAAGCUUGCCGUUUCGGUAUCCCGGCACCCGAUACACGUGGGAGCAUUUCUGCGACAUAUCGGACGCGCGUUUACUGGCGGAGCAGCAGAUAUGGGCAGGGGUUUCGGAGAAGGCAAAGAACCAAGCGUUCAACUGCGUGAACGGCGACGUUUUUACUUGGAAGAGCAUGUGGAAGGUAGUGUGCGAGGUGUUUGAUGUUGAGUUUGUGGAAUUUGAUGAGUCCCAAGAGUUUGAUUUUGUGGGGAUGAUGAGUGGAAAAGGAAAAGUUUGGGAGAGUAUAGUGAAAAAGUAUGGGCUUUACGAGACGAAAUUGGAGGAGAUCACUUGUUUUGCAGCUCUAAAUACGGUUUUGCAUAUGGAAUUUCAGCAUGUGUGUAGCAUGAACAAGAGUCGCAAUUUUGGGUGGUUUGGCCAUGUGGAUACACUGCAGAGUGUUGGAACCUGGGUGGAGAGAUUGAGAGUGAUGAAGAUAAUACCCGCAAAAACAGACUGAAAAGAAAAAAAAAAAAAAAGGAAGUGGUAGAAAGGAGGGGUCUCGGCGGCGACAGGGAAAGUGACAGUGCCGCUGAAUGGCCGGGCAAACAUCCGUACUUUUCGCAUGAAAUUUCAGGGAAAUACUACAUUCGCCGCGAGGAACAUUCGUACAAUGGUAGAUUUCGUUUUGAACAAUUGGAUUGAACGGUGAAUUAACCCAAAACUUUUAUUUGAUAUUUUUUAUUCUUUAAAAAAAGUUAUAAAUUUUUAUGGGAUGAUUUA